AUGAAUGGAACAACGCUAACACCGCAGGCGGUGGUGAACAAUUUAGUGAGUCUGAACGCAGGCGGCGUUGGGCAGCAGCAACUCUCGGCUUCGCUCGUCAACUCCUACCGAGUCGCCGCCGUGGCUGAGCGCUUGGCUGCUCACGUCAAAUCUGGCUACCGUGGUGAGGCCAUGGAGUUCUUCAAUCUCUGCCUUUCCCUUUCCAGAGGCAUUGAUUAUGCCGUUGCAAACAAUGAGGUUCCGACGAUAGCCCACGAUUUGCCUGCGUUGUUGAAGCAGAUAUGCCAGCGUAGGAGUGACAAAGUAUUGGAAGCUGCUAUCAUGGUGCUGAUGAUCUCUGUUAAGAAUGCUUGUAAGACUGGAUGGUUUUCAGAAAAGGAGACUGAAGAACUAUUUUCUCUAGCUAAUGAGACAGGGAGUAGCUUCUGGCUCCCAGGAGAUUUUAAAACUGGACCUAGCUGUUGUCUCUCUACUGUGGACACAAUAAUGAAAAGAUAUUAUCCACUGAUGAAUAUGGGCCAGAUACUUGCCUCUCUCGAAGUCAAGCCUGGAUAUGGAACGUACGUGCUUGAUUUCCAUAUUUCAAAGAGUACAGUAUAUACUCCUCAAGAAAAAAUUCGGUUAUUUGUCGCACAAACAGAUAAUAUAGAGACAUCUGCGUGUAUUAUAAGUCCGCCACAAGUGAACUUUCUUCUAAAUGGAAAGGGAGUAGAUAGAAGGACAAACAUUUUAAUGGAUACUGGACCGCAGAUGCCAUCAGUUGUGACUGGAAUGCUUAAAUUUGGAUCAAACCUUCUUCAAGCUGUGGGCCAGUUCAAUGGUCACUAUAUCAUAGUGGUUGCCUUUAUGCGCAUCACAUCAUCACCUGACACUUCAACACUGAAAGAUUAUACUCAGCCCAUUGUACCUCUGUCAGAUUCAGAUUCUGAUAUAAUCGAAGGGCCAUCAAGAAUAUCUCUCAAUUGUCCCAUAAGCUAUACACGUAUCAAAACUCCUGUCAAAGGUCGAUUGUGCAAACAUCUUCAAUGUUUCGACUUCAGUAACUUUGUUGGUAUAAAUUUAAGACGACCUUCAUGGCGCUGCCCCCACUGUAAUCAGUAUGUCUGCUUUUUGGACAUUUGUGUUGAUCAAAAUAUGAUUAAGGUCCUGAGAGAGGUAGGAAAGAAUGUUGCUGAAGUAAUAAUCUCCAUGGAUGGAUCAUGGAAAGCUGUACUGGAGAAUGAUGAUGAUGUGGACCGGGCAUAUGAUAAGGGCCUUCCAAAAGAAAGCUCUCAGCAGGAAGAAUCUACCCGUGUCUCAACUGCACUUCCUAAUGUUCUGGAUCUUACUGAGGACGAUACUGAGAUGGACACUGUGAGUGCUUGCGAAACCGAAGACGUGAAACCUUUGAGCAACACAAACAGGGUUAAUCAAACUGUUGCUGCUCAUUUAGAGGAUGACUUUUGGUCUGGAAUUUACUUUGCUAAUGGUUCGUUGGCCUCUGGUAUAAGGUCAGACACGCAAAUGGGUGGUGUUAUUCCUCACACUGGUCCUGCAAAUUUACAGUCGCCUGUGUUGACUGAUGCUGUUUCUCCUGCACUCGAUCGAGGAACUGAGAGUCAUUUGACCACUGAUCUUGUGGCGUCUGCAAUGCAUCAAUUUUCUUCUCCCAAUAAUUUUCAGUGGCAACAGUCACAGUUUGCAAGUUCAGCUGCUAACAAUGAGUAUGGGAGAUUUGCAUCACAGAGAGUAUUACCCAGGACUCCAACGGCAGUUCAGGCCCUCCCUGCACAGUCCCAGGGACCAGGUUUGCAACAAAGACCAAGAACUAGUUGGAAUUCCUCAACUCCCUCUAGUGCCUCUCUUAGUUCUCAGGUUGGACAAUCUAACACACCCUCAGCAAAUUGUGCCAAUGCAGUAUGUAGUGAUUUGGAAAGGCAGCAACACUUUUCUAGGCCCCGAAUGAAUCCGCUUCAAGUGUCAAACAUUGCUUCAUCUUCACUGCAACAUCCCUCACAAACUACACAGAACUGGGAUCGUCAAGACCAGUCCUUCAUUCACGGGCAAUCUGUCCAACAGGUUGUUGGCCUUCCAGUUCCGAGUCAACUGCAAAGUGCUAACAGAGCAUCUCCUGGGCUCAUGGACUUCCAGAAUGCACACUUACAGCAAGCUUUUAAUAAUGCAAGGACUCCCCAGACUAUGGGUCAGUCUUCAAGCUCCAUUCGAUCAUCUUCACAUCUCUCACGGGCACAUAUCCAACAAGGAAAUGCACAAGUUGGGACUGGUCAAACAUCAAGUUCUUUAAACAACCAACAGAGGUUCAUGGCUGGUGCUCACCUAGCUGCGAUGAUGGCCAGGCAGUCUCCAUCCAUGCCAGUUCAAAAUCAAACUCAGAGAACCAGGCCAUCUUUGCCAGUAAACGUAGGAGGUACGAUGCAAGCAGUUUCUGGGGCUGAUGGAUCGGUGGAUUUGUCAUCUGAGCAGAACUGGCGACCAACAGGUCGUAUGCGCGGAAGUCUAUCAGGUCGGGCUUACAGUGCUGCUUUCAACCAGUUCAUAAUAGCGCCAACCCAACCCACUCAAGCGGCGAGACCUCCACCAAAUCUGACAUCUCCACCACCUGUUGUUCCGUCCCAACCACAGACAUUGAUUGGCAAUAUGAGCGCUCAGGUUCCUCAAACGCAUAAUAGUCAUCCUCAAUAG